AUAUGGGCAGUUAUAAUUGUUGUAAAAAGUUGAAUCUUUGUGUGUAAACUUGAUAGAAACUGAAUUCUUUUGUAUGAACUUGGAACCCCUUUUCAUUCUUGAAAAAAAUUUGGAUCUUUUUGUAUAAACUUGAAAAAAAUUUGAAUCUUUUUGUAUUAACUUGAAAUCUCUUUUCAUUCUUGAAAAAAAAUGGAUCUUUUUGUUUUUCUUGUUUUAGUUUUUUGUUGUCGGUGUGGGGGUUCUUUAUGUUUAGCUAAUUCUGGUGUUAGGAUGCAAGUGGUAAGCUUCAGUUCUUUAUGUUUAGCUAAAUUCUGGUGUUAAGAUGCAAGUGGUAAGCUUCAUUUCUUUGUAAUUUUUUGAAAGCAUUUGAGACAUUUUAAUUUUUUUGGGUUUUGUGGAUGGGAAUAGUUUGUUUGCCAGUAAAUCUGGAGAAAUUCAGUGAAUUCUUUUUUGUUAUGAUGAAAAUUAGGGGUUUCAUUCUGUGUAUAGAAGAUCUAUAAGGCUAAGGCAGUGGGUAGUGGGGACCUAACCCUUCAGCCUAGACCUUUUUAAAGUGCUUUGGUAAAAGAUUGCAACUUUGGUUAAAGUGCUUUUUUUUAUAUGAUGAAGGGUAUGGGUUGAGGUAAAAUGAGCUGACCCCAACUUGUUUGAGUCUGAGAGUUCAGUUUUUUUUCUUUUCACCCUUCCCUAGGAGCUCCGACCUUUUGGUUCCUUGGUGAGUCGAAUCCGCAAUCUUAAGAUUGGAGGUGGAGGGUGCUUACCAUCUGGGCAACCCCUUUUGUCGAGAGGUAGUUGUUUGGCUAAAGUGCUUUUAUUUGAUAUGAUGAAGGGUAUGAAUUGAGCUUAAUGAAGCUAUGAGGAUUCAAUUAGCCGACCUUAACUUGUUUGGGACUGAGAGGUAGUUUUUUUUUUUCACCCCAUGUCUAGGAGCUCCCGCCUUUUGCUCCGUUGGUGACUUGAUGCUCUAACCUUAAGGUUGGAGUUGGAGGGUGUUUCCCAUCUGAGCAAUCCCCUCUUGUCGAGAGGAUAGUUGGAUCUUUGAAAUGUGUUAUGGAUGUGAAUGUUAAAGCUUGGAGCUGGUGAACUUUUUGUAACGAAGCGGGGUGUAUGCUGGAAUUGUUUCUGUUGUCUUCUGGAUAUCUAUGAUGUGCUAAACGGUUAGAUAAUAUUUCACGAUGAGGCCUUCUCAAAACCCUGAGGAUAUCAACGAGUUCAACAGAUUCUAUAACCAACCCAUAGAGUAUCAAGAAUCCUAUUUCCUGCCUUCCGUUAACAAUCCGAACAACAACCAAUCGUUCUAUGCUGAUGUCUCUGCCUUAAAACUCGCCCAACACUGUUAUGUUGAAUCAUCCGCGGGAAAUUCUAGUGAACUUGUUUCUGAUUCACCUCCUAUUGUUAAUUUCAACCCCAUGAUGCACCAAGGUUCUGAUUCGUGUCGUUCAGACAUGCAUCAUUCUCCUGAUGAUACAUUUCAGUCGUCGGGUAACAGUUCGUGCUACACUAGUGAUGUUACUGACCUGAAGCACAAGUUAAGGGAACUUGAAACUGCAAUGCUAGGGCCAGAUUCAGAAAGCUUGGAAUCAUAUAAUACUAUCCCUGUGACUGCAGCCAAUCAAGUUUCAUCAGAGUCGGAUAAAUUGGUUGGAAUGAUAGAGAUGAUGCCUAGCGGAGACUUGAAAGAAGUUCUAAUUGCUUGUGCUAAAGCAAUAGCGGAGAAUAAUUUGAUCACAGCUGAAUGGUUAAUGUCAGAACUACGCACGGUGGUAUCUGUUUGUGGGUCUCCGAUACAACGUUUAGGUGCUUAUAUGCUGGAAGGUUUAGUUGCUAGAUUGGCCUCCUCCGGAAGCUCCAUCUACAAGGCCUUAAGGUGCAAAGAGCCUACUAGUGUCGAGCUAUUCUCGUACAUGCACCUGCUUUAUGAAAUCUGUCCAUACUUCAAGUUUGGAUAUUUGUCAGCAAAUGGCGCAAUUGUUGAUGCCAUGAAAGAUGAGAACUCGAUUCAUAUAAUCGAUUUCCAGAUUGCUCAGGGUAGCCAGUGGAUCACCUUAAUCCAUGCUCUCGCAGCGCGGCCUGGUGGACCUCCAAGAAUCCGCAUCACAGGGAUUGAUGACUCUACAUCAGCUUACGCCAGAGGAGGAGGGAUUGAAAUCGUAGGUCGAAGACUGUCAAGCAUUGCUGCAUCUUGCAAUGUACCUUUCGAAUUUCAUCCCGUGUCUGCUUCUUGUCCAGAUAUUGAGAUUGAGCAUCUUAAGGUUCGUCCCGGGGAACCAUUGGCUGUUAACUUUGCGCUCGUCUUGCACCAUAUGCCUGAUGAGAGCGUUGGAACUCAAAAUCACAGAGACAGACUUCUGAGGAUGGUUAAAAGCUUAUCUCCCAAGAUUGUUACCUUAGUGGAGCAAGAGUCCAACACUAACACAGCCCAAUUCUUCCCCAGGUUCUUGGAGACACUGAACUACUACCUAUCUGUUUUCGAAUCAAUAGACGUGGCUCUACCUAGAGACCAUAAGGAACGAAUCAACGUUGAGCAACACUGCUUAGCCCGUGAAAUUGUCAACAUAUUAGCAUGUGAAGGGGCAGAGAGAGUGGAGCGACACGAGCUGCUUGAAAGGUGGAGAUCACGAUUUGCUCUGGCCGGGUUUAAACCAUAUCCGUUAAGCUCCUCAGUAAACGCUACUAUCAAGACCCUGCUGGAGAAUUACUACCAAAGCUAUACGCUUAAUGAGAGAAAUGGCGCGCUCUAUCUUGGCUGGAUGAAUCGAGAUUUAGUUGCUUCUUGUGCAUGGAAAUAAUCUCUUAUUGGAAACGGCCUCUCUACCCUGCAAAGGUAGAGGUAAGGUCUGUGUACAUCCUACCUACCGUAAUUAGGUGCAUGUAACUUGUAGCUUGAUAAUGGUGAGAGAUAGUAGCACCUCUUCUUCUUUUUUCUGUUUGUAUUAAGUUAAAAGACAAGUCAUUUAAUCUUGUUAGGAUCUGUUCUAUCACAAACUAAUCGAAGUCUUUUUUAUCUUU